GGUGGUAAAGCUGGGAAGGACUCUGGAAAGACCAAGACCAAAGCAGUGUCCCGUUCUCAGCGGGCUGGGUUGCAGUUCCCUGUUGGCCGCAUCCACAGGCAUCUGAAGUCUAGGACUACCAGCCAUGGGCGUGUAGGAGCCACAGCUGCUGUGUAUAGUGCUGCAAUCCUGGAGUAUUUGACAGCUGAGGUUCUUGAGCUGGCAGGAAAUGCAUCCAAAGACCUGAAGGUGAAACGUAUCACUCCCCGUCACUUGCAGCUUGCAAUUAGAGGAGAUGAAGAAUUGGACUCUCUCAUUAAGGCAACAAUUGCUGGUGGUGGUGUAAUACCGCAUAUCCACAAGUCUCUCAUUGGAAAGAAAGGACAACAGAAGACUGUCUAAAGCAUACCAGGAUUCCUUGUUAUCUCAGGACUCUUAAGUACUUAAUUGUCCAGUGUUGGUGAUUCCAGUGGACUGUAUCUGUGAAACACAAUUUUGCCUUUUUGUAACUUUGAGAAGCUAAAGCUCCCUUGAGCUUUCUAACAAACCAAAUUUCUGCAUUGAAGUCUUAACCGUAUUUAAGUGUUACCAUGGCUUCAAAGAAGCUAUUGUAUUUGUAGUGGGUUUUGAUUGAGCUGACUGUUUUUAGAUUGGUUUAAGUAAAGGAAAUGUUUGGUUUUGUACAGACUUUUCAUCCACUAGAGUGGAAAUAUUCAAUAAAUGUUAUAUGAAGACUGA